AUUUUAAACGACAAUCCUCUGCUCCGCAGGGGCAGUUUCUCUUUUGACGUAUUUAUCUCGUUCUUCAAAUUCGAUUCGCUCAUCGCACGUCAUCAAGUAGAGUGCGCCAGUAGUGAAUCUUCGACAUGUGCAAGUAAAUGUUGAGAAAAGCGUCCGCUGCUCUUGAUUCAGCCCUUCUUUUUUUUAAUCGACACUUUGGUACUUCAAUUGAAACCGUUUGACUAUCCACGGUACCUGAUUACCCUCUUCCAGGUAAUAAUUGACAGAUCUGACCUUGAUACGUGAGGGAGGGGCCAGAGGCUCGACUCGGACGAAUAAAAGUAUCAGCAAUGUCAAUCGGGUCCCAGAUCAAGCCCACUGGGAAUGCAAAGUGAGGGAAAAAAGAUAUGCAGAAAACGAGUUGCAGACACUGAUAUAACUGAUCGAAGAAUCUGAUUAAAGGACGAAAAAAAGACAAUAAAUAUUCGUGUCGGAAGAAUACUAGAAACUGAUCGAGUCGACUGACUUCCGUUGCUGCACAUGCGCAGAGGCCUUGGACGAUCGACCAUUCGCCAAUCGUUAAAACGAGUCUACGUAGCUCGUUAGAAUCAAAAGGCACGAUGUUCAGCACGGUUCUUCAGAAGUUAAAAUUCCUUUACAAGCCUUAUGCGCUUGGUAUUGUAUCCCUUGGAUACGUGCUUGGCGAGUUGGGCCAUUAUAUGAUUGGUGUCACCAGCAAAGCUACUGCAGAGGAUUUACAUUACGGUGACAUAGCAUGUCAAUUGAAUUCUACUGACUAUUCACUUGCCGAUCUUCCAGUUCAAUGUGAAGCUGCCAACAAUUCGGAUUACUGCCUGACUUUAAACCUGAACGGGACGUAUUACUGCGAAUGGAAUUACAAUGGACUCGGUUUGGACUAUCAAAUAUUGGCUGGACCCAGUUUCAUCGCCGUUUUCACUAUUGUCGGUGUCAUCCUGGGGAUUGCCGCUGACAGAUACAACAGAGUGAAGCUACUGGCGAUAUGUACUGUGGUUUUCAGUGUAGCCAUUAUUUUGAUGGGAGCUGUCAAAGAAUAUUGGCAGCUCGUUCUUCUCCGAAUGGUUCUUGCCGCAGGGGAAGCAGGGUGCAAUCCUUUGGCAACUGGACUACUGUCAGAUUGGUUUCCAGAAGAACAGCGUGGCCUCGUGAUGUCCAUAUUCAAUUGGGGUAUCUACGGCGGUUAUGGAAUAGCAUUUCCAAUUGGUCGAUACGUACCUGACAUGAAUGCAUGGGGACUCGGAUGGAGAGUCUGCUACUACGGUACUGGCAUUGUUGGUCUGAUCUUAGCUAUUCUGACUGGAUUCACUUUGAACGAACCUGCCCGCAAGAGCAUUGGCGAGGACUCUGAGAAUGAUGGGAAGAAAGUGUCCAUAUGGAAAGUCAUUUUUCAACCGAGAAUUGUUCUCCUGUGUUUGGCUGCGAGUAUCAGGCACUGUGGUGGUAUGUGCUUCGCGUACAACUGCGACCUCUACUACAGGGACUACUUCCCGGACUACGAUCUUGGCUGGUGGCUCUUUGCUGUUACGAUUGUUGUCGGCAGCAUUGGCGUGGUGGUUGGUGGAGUAGUCAGUGACAAAUUUGUCGCAAAAAUGGGCAUCAGAUCUCGUGUGGCUGUCCUGGCCAUAAGUCAAUUAAUAGCCACACCCUUUGCCUUUGGAUCUGUUUACUUUGGACCCCUCUGGGCUAUCAUUACUCUUGGAGUGUCAUACUUUUUUGCUGAGAUGUGGUUCGGUAUCGUUUUUGCCAUUCUUGUCGAGAUCGUACCCCUUAACAUGCGAUCUACGAUAGUCGGUGUCUUCCUCUUCGUAAUGAAUAACAUUGGUGGAAAUCUACCUAUCCUGGUCGAACCAACAAGGAAGGUUAUCGGUUUCCGGGAAUCCUUGUAUAUCUACUACGCUGGAUUUUACGGCAUCAGCUCCGUCAUGUUUCUCUUCACCAUGUUCCUCAUGGGAGGACCUGUGAAAAAUGAUAAAUCAAAUGGCGAAGCUGGACACGAUAACAGUACCUUUACCAAUGACGAUGGACGUCUUUCGACCCUUGAACUUCCACGACUUCCGGCGAGGCCUCAGACCCAGGAGAACUCCAGAUUAUAAUUCGCUCUAGAUUUAAGAAAUACGUAUGAUCAUUCGUCUGUGGAUUAUUGAUCGUCUUUGUAAAUAUGUAUGUAAGAUCUUAGAUACUAAGUAAAUGAUAGGUUAGAAUCAAGGGUACCUUGAUACGUUUUAUGCACUGCUGGUACCAUGAACUCGAGAAUUCUUUAUACUGUCUGUAAAAGUGAAAUUAGUUUAAAAAAUCUAUACACCGAUUGCAACUAAUGAUGUUGGUAUGGUGUCUCAGUUUUUGUCUCCAAUUCCACUUUUCUUGGAUAUUGACAUUCACGGUAUAUUAUGUGUACAAAGAAUCUGGAAAAAAAUAUGGAUAUAUAAUGUUGACACGAAUUACUUUUAUUAUUUACAAUAUGUUGACACGAUGAAAAUUCAAUAUUAGUACAAGUAAUGAACCACUGAGAGUUUAGGAUGGUAUCUUAUACCAUCCUGAUGGUUCACUUAUAAAUAAGAUUGAGUGAGUCGUGCUAGUGAAAAGAAUUGUACAAGAAUUGUCAGAAUUAUUGGAAAAUCUUAGAACACAGUAAUGGCUGACUGCCACACAAUGUUUGUCAAGAAUCUCACUGCAGUUUUUAUGUCAAAUAAAAUAAGAAAGUUUGUCGAAUUUUC